AUGGAGAAACCAAAGAGUAUUGUGGCCUAUUUCUCGAUUGAUAAGAAGAAUCAAAGCAAUGCAAAUGAUCAUGACUCCUCUGUUAAUCCAAGGUGGAGCGAUCAUACCAAAGACAAGCUUAUAGAGACAAUAACGAAACAAGAACAAAUAGACAAGGAGGCGACAGCUACACGAUCAAGCAAUAGCACACCCGCUCAGAUCAGAGCAAGAGACAAAAAAAAGGAAGAUCAACUCUACGAAGCACUGAAACAAUUCCAUACUGGAUAUGGGUUUGAAGAUAAAGGUAGAGCAUUGACAUACUCACAUACCAUCCAAACAUUAUCGGGACUCUCUAGAAGUAGAAGUAGAAGAAAUAGAAAUGGUUCAUCAUCAUCACUAUUGACAUCAUAUGAAGCUGAAGAAUAUUUACAUAGACCUGAACCACAAUUUUAUUUAACAGUGAAUGAAAGUUUCAUAUGCCCAAUAUUUCAAGGUAUAUGUACUGAAGCAAGUAUUAUAAACCAGGUGGUUGUUAGACACUAUGGUUAUGAUGCAACUAGACGUACCUUUGGAUUCCACGAAUACGAAUUAUCAUUUGCCAAGGUGACUGAUAUAUCACACAGUGCAGGUAAAGGUGACUAUAGUAAAGUCAUUAAUCUUGUAUUAUCACCUGCUAUCAUUACAACGACAAUUGCAGAGUUUAAUGUUGAUACUGGUAACUACUCGGUAUUUUCAACUGGAACAGUUGACUUUAAAUUCACAGACAGGUGUAAACGUGUUGUACUGCCAUUCAAUCCAUCCAAUAAUUAUCCACCACAAAUACUAGACGAUACUAUAGAAGAAUCCAAACAACUUCUAAAAGACAAACAAGUCGAGUAUCAAGUAGACCCAGACUCCCAGUUACCAGCUACCACUAGAAUCAUGGUUGUCAACGACCAAAUCAAAGGACACAAUAUUUGUCGUAGACUAAAUGUUGAUUCUGAAAUGACCAUAGACAAUCUAGUCACUAAAAUAGCCACCUUUCUAUCCAAAGAAAAGAGUUCCAUUCAUUAUUUAAUCAACAAAACUAAUAAUCAUUCAUAUGAUUGUCGUGGUGACCAGACUGAGAGUGGUGGUAAUCAAGAAAAGAUUAAAUUAUUUACAGAUAUAAUUAUAGAACCUCUUUACUCUAGUGAUUUCCUCACUGCCAAGUAG